CCCUGUUGGUUUGUUUCAUUUUCAACUGUUGACUCUGAAAAAAACAUUCGUUUCGGUUGAUGUGCAAAAUACCUGUCGCACUAAGACCAAUCUUUACCUGUUGUGUAUGUGCACUUGUUAUGUGAAACCUUACGAUAAGUGAGUGCUUUGAAGUUCUAAAAGAGGACCGCGAUGAAAGAGUCAUUCAAAAUUAAUGCGGUUUUAUUGCCUGCGGUGUCAAAAUUGCUCCACCACAAAGUAAAUGUUCAGAGAUGAGUCGUUAUCGGUAAUACAUGGGCCCGGGUUGUUAGUGGGAUACAACUCCAUUGUCGUCAUAACUUGCCUCGAAAAAAACCCCAAACUUUAGAUUAAUUCCAGAAACAACACGUGCAAACACAAACCGACAUUGUGCUUAACCGGAACACUAUCAAACUCAAACAUGAUCGGGACUUCGAUCAUGGUGGCAUAGUUUUGCUUUCGUUUCGCUUAUAGCUCCGAGAGAGGUUGUCAGCCUGUAGCAUUGACCUUGCGUUACAACUCAAUAGUAGCAUUGAUGUCUUAUCAAUCGCAAUAAGCCUGCACGAGCAACACGAUCGCAGCAGACAUUACUCGGAACUCGCUUCGCACAUCGCCUUACCCAUCGCUGUCUGCUCUAGCAUUGUGAUCGUCAGCAUUAAGAUUAUGCGCGUUAUAAACCACGACAGCGCUGUUUAUCAACAGUUACGAAAGAGCAUCCGUUUAGUGUGGUUGGAUUUUCAAAAGGUUAAUCGGAAAGACACGCAAAUCAAACGGAAGUGAUGAACGCUCUGUUACUACUAUUACUCGUGGUCGCUAGUUGUACACUUGAUUUAGCUGUGGCUGUUCCGACAGAAGUUACCGAGCAGCACAACGCUCCAUGCUCAAUUCAGUUUAGUGAACAUGCUGGUGCUGCUGGUGUUUACAAUAAAACAUUCAACGAUGUGCCGUAUUGUGCUUUCCUUGGAAUUCCCUACGCCAAGCCUCCCGUCGGGGAGUUACGAUUUACUAACCCAGUACAGCUAGAUCCUGAAGGAUUUCAAAACUACACAUCGUACGGUAGUAUAUGUACACAGUUUAAAAACAUCAACCGCCAAGAUGGUAUAGAGGGAAGUGAAGAUUGCCUAUACUUGAACGUUUUUACACCGCUACAGGAGCCUAGAACUGCUGAACCCAAUGUAGACCCCGUUAAGUAUCCCGUGUUAGUUUUUAUACACGGGGGAAGCUUUGUAGCCGGAUCAGGAAAAAUCCAUGGCGUAGAUCUACUUAUGGAAAAUGAGCUGAUCGUUAUCACGCUUAACUACCGCUUAGGAGUUUUUGGAUUCUUGAAAUACGAACGCCAAAACAUAACUGGUAAUUAUGGGUUGAAAGAUCAACUUUCCGCUCUGCAAUGGAUACAACGCAACGUGCAUCAUUUCGGAGGUGAUCCUAAGCGUGUCACUCUUAUGGGACACAGUGCUGGCGGCGGUUCGGUAACCCAUCAUUUAUACCAUGAACGGGCACGUGGCCUUUUUCACAACCUGAUCGUACUGAGCGGAUCUAUGCUUGCACCGUGGGCAAUACUCUACGACUACUCUCGAUGUUUUGAUAAUUUUAUACGCGAUUUGGACAUAACUGCUCUGGAUGAGCUGCGGGAACUGGACUUCCAAAGGUUCUUCAUCCCGGAUCGCAAGUUACGAUACACUUUUGCGUUUUCCAGCAUGUUCUAUGUUUGUUUUAUACCUACGUUAGACAAUCAUACAGAAGACAGUGGCGCUUACUUUACUCGAACACCUCACGAAAUGGUUCGUGUACAAACUCCUCCUCAAAUGCCGAUACUUAUUAGCGAAACCGCUAUCGAGUUUGAAAUGCUACUACCACAUGUAUAUGAUUUUUGGAUGAGUACAAACUAUCUGAACCAGCGUCAUCCAACGGUAAAGCGGCAACUCGGUGACAUUAUGGAUAAUGUUGGCAAAUGGGUAGUGGCACAAGGCCUUGAACCGACUAAGCAACAGUUCUAUCAGAAGAUGGCAAAUAUGGCGAACAUUUUCUAUCCAAUUAGACGAUUACUACAUGAGCUUGGGACACGCGCGGGCAACGACCAACUAUACUAUCUGCGCUUCGAAUAUGAUGGAAAAUUUGGCGAGUACAAGAAAAGAAUAUACGCGGAUUAUUUGGAGACGGAUAGGUACGGUGCUCUACAUGGAGACGAGUUGGGAUACAUCUUUAGUCCAUACAAUCUGGCCGAAGCAUUGGAAAAUCGUACAGAGUACCGCCAUGAACUAUCAGUUCACAUCAAGACUGUUGAAUUGAUUGCAAACUUUGUGAAAUAUGGCAAUCCAACUCCAAAACGUAGCAAACUAUCAGAUAUUGUGUGGUCAUCUUACAGCGAAGCGACCAACCGUACCGAAUACCUCAACAUAGACGAAGAGUUCACGAUGCGUCAAGUCGAUGACAGGCGUAAUCUCUACUCCAUGAUUUGGCAAAUUGUGUACGAAUGUUUGUACCACUCACACUGUGAGGUCGUCACGAAGCUGGAACUGCUGGCGGAGCAGUAUGGAGGAAUGAUAGUCACGCGAAAUGAUGAUGACUACUUCGAGCUGCUGGAUGAAGAUAUCAAAAAUAAUUUUACUUAAAAUGGAAGUGAAAGCGUGCGUGUUAGGGACGAGUGAAAUACUUGGCAGUAUCUUGCAAUAGUGCUGAAUUCAGUUAACAAUGGGGGACGAGUUAAAGCUGCCGUCCUUAAAGCUUGAAGAUCUUCACAUUUUCUUUUGAUAAACAUUAUAUAUUUAUGACUGUAGAAAACUCUGUCUCUUGCGGUACAUGCCUGCAUGGAUAAAUUCAUUUUUUAAACUCAUUUUAUUCCCAAGAGACCGGUGAUAAGACUGUCUUCUUCUUUCCAUGAUCAGCCCUAUCGCUAAAAAUACAUUUCUCCAUUAUUUUCUAUAGACUCAA